AUGACGGAUCCAUCAUCUUCGGCACCGGAGUCCAACAAAAUCACAACCAAGGACAGUACAGUACUCGAACGUGACAUGAUGAUGCCCUUGCUAGCCACGUGGCUAGAGGAUGCUCCAUCGAAUAAUCAAAAUCUUAGAGUUCCCGUAGCGCAACUGUUCGCCGAGUUGCAGAAGACCUACACGACGGUGGGUAGCACAGCAGCCCAAGCGACAGAGUACUCGCACGCAGAACGCGCUCCAGACGAAGACCAUCCAUGUCCGCGCCAGCACGACCAGAGUUCCGGUAGCUCUGCCUCGGGCCGGGUAAAUCACUCGCCCGUGUUAUCACCAGCCGCUGCAGAGUUUCGAAACUGGCUUAAUGCAGCGCAUCCCGAAUGCGCUUCUCCACCAAACAUCGUCGGUGUGACGAGCGAAGAGCCAGAAACACCUGCCUCAGAUGAGACAUACGAACCAUCGGAUGAGUUACCGGACUACGCGACGCCGAUUGGAACGAUCAUACCUAGGAUUGAAGUGGAUUCACUUGGUUCCUCUACAACCCCCAGCUCUCUUAACUCGGAGACGCCCGAGGGGCCUGUUCGGGGGUGUCAGAUAGACGCGCCGCACUGGGUUAGACAAGCAAGCGCACGAUCAUCGCCAUCGCUGUAG